GAAAAUGAAGCAGAGAAACCAGAGGAAGAAAAAGCUAGUGCUCCACCCCCACCUGGAAAUGAAGAGGAAGCUGCAGAAAAUGGCGUUGUGAAAAAGAAGGUGGCAGAGGCUGAGGCUGACAGUGAUAGCGAUAGUGAUGAUGAUGAAGAUGAUGUCCAAGUCACCAUAGGGGAUAUUAAAACAGGAGCUCCACCAGCUCCGUAUGGUUAUGGAGCUACACCUGUAAAUCUCAAUAUUAAGACAGGAGGACGAACUUUUGGAUCUUCUGGUGCGAAAGUUAAAGGGGUGGAUCUGGAUGCACCAGGGAGUAUUAAUGGUGUGCCGCUUCUGGAAGUAGAUUUAGAUUCUUUUGAAGAUAAACCUUGGAGAAAGCCAGGGGCUGAUCUCUCUGAUUAUUUCAACUAUGGGUUCAAUGAAGAUACCUGGAAAGCUUACUGUGAAAAACAAAAGAGAAUACGAAUGGGUCUUGAAAUUUUACCAGUUACCUCAACCACAAAUAAAAUUACGGUACAGCAGGGCAGAACUGGAAAUUUGGAGAAAGAGUUGACAGUGCAGUCGACCAAAGCUGAUUUCACAUCUCCUCCUGCCUUACUCAAAUCAGGAAUUCCAACAAACAGGCGAUUAACUGGUGCAAUAGAUGUGAUUGGACAGACCAUCACUAUCAGCAGGGUGGAAGGACGACGGCGUGCUAACGAAAACAGCAACAUACAGGUUCUUUCAGAACGAUCUAAUCCUGAAGUAGACAAUUUUACCAAGCCACCUCCAUUUUUCCCUCCAGGAGCUCCACCUACCCACCUUCCACCACCUCCUUUCCUCCCACCCCCUCCAACUGUCAGUACUGCUCCACCUCUGAUUCCCCCACCAGGUAAAUAA